AUGCGCGUCGCCAAGGAAUUCACCCCGGAGGUGCUCCUCAGCGCGCCCCGCCGCGGCGCCGCCGUCCCGAGCCCGGACGGCACCCUCAUACUCUACACCCAGUCCAGCCACAGCUUCGACGACAAGAAGACGCUCAAGGAGGUCCGCGUCAUGGACGUCGAGACCGGCGCCUCCGAGCAGCUCACCGCUGACGACAAGGUCCACGACGCGCUAUGGGUCCCCGGCACCGCGACCGACGUUGUCUACCUGAAGUCGGGCGACAAGGGCACCACCCAGAUCUGCAUCGCCGACGCCGCCGACCUCGCCGUGGAUCACUACGUCGCCGCCGAGUAUGAUGCGCCCAUCAGCACCCUCAAGCUCAAGGCCCUCCGCGACGGCAGUGUUGCCUUCGUCGUCACGGGUCUCGUCGGCCCCGACGGCUCUCUGUUCAAUGACGAGGCCGAGGAGAAGUCGACCACCGGCCGCAUCUAUGACGACUACCACGUGCGCUUUUGGAACACCCUUUACAAGUCGCGCAAGUAUGCCCUAUGGUACUCGACCCUCGUCAACGCGCACGGCAAGUGGGGGGUUGCGGCGGAGCUGCAAAACGUCCUCCGUGACACCCGCCUCGAGGCCCCUUUCGGCAUUUACGGCGAGGCCGACGCAUACUCCAAUUUCGACGUCAGCGAAAAGGGCAUCGCCUUCAUCGCCGAGGACGCCGGGCUCUCGCCCGAGCAGGCCGGCAUCUCACACGUCUACUAUGUGCCCCUCCGCUCCUUCACCGCCGCCGCCGCCGUCAAGCCACGGCCGAUGGUCAUGGGCAUCUCUGAGACCAACGCCUUCUACAACCACGUGCGGUGCUCCCCUGACGGCUCCAAGAUCGCCUUCUUGCAGUCCUUGACUGGCGACUUCUCAGACGCCAGGCUGUACAUCGGCCACACCACGUCCUUUGGCGCGUACGACGUGCACAAGAUGGUCUUUGGCAGAGCGCCGCUUCUGCCCCCGCAGCGCUUCGAGUUUGCGGGCGACUCCGACGCCAUACUUCUGCUGACCGAGGACUGCGGGCGUGUCAAGUUGUCGCACCUCGAGCUCCGGCCCCACGCACAGGCAACGCCGCUGGUGCAAACCGGCGUGGUCACGGCCUUUUACCCCCUGACAGAAGCCAGCCACGACAGGAUCCUCGUGACGAGCAACAGCAUGGUCGACAGCAGCCUGUGGCAGAUCGUCGACGUCUCCAUGAAAACGGCGCCCAGGGUUGUGUCGUCGGCCACCAAGCAUGGCGCCAAGUACGGUCUGUCUCAUCGUAUGGUUUCGGAGUUUUGGUAUGAGGGCGAAAAUGACGCAGUCGUGCACUCCUUCAUCAUCAAGCCGACCGACUUUGAUGAGACCAAGAAGUACCCCUGGGUUCUCUUGCCCCACGGUGGACCGGUGGCAUCUUGGUUGGAUUCCUGGUCGACAAGGUGGAACAUGGCACUCUGGGCUCAGCAGGGCUACGUGCUCGUCGCCCCCAACAUCGCCGGCAGCACGGGCUACGGCACCGAGUUCACCGCCCGCAUCUACGGGUCUUGGGGCGGCGCGCCGUACCAGGACCUCAUCGCACUCAUGGACCACCUCGAGAAAGUUCCGUACCUCGACCAGGCCCGUGCCAUCGUCGCCGGCGCCUCGUACGGAGGGUUCAUGAUCUCGUGGAUGAUGGGCCACGACCUGAUCCGACGCUUCGCCUGCGCCAUCUGGCACGACGGCAUCUUCAACCUCCCUGUCUUUAUGAUCCAGAGCGACUUCAUCGACAGCGGGCCCAACUUUGGCGGCCCGCCGCUGAUCUGGAAGAACGCCGAGGAGCUGGAGCGGUGGAACCCGGCGCGGCCGGAGCUCCUACGGAACUGGAGGCACGCGCCGCCGACGCUAGUGAUCCACAGCGAGAAGGACUAUAGGUGCCCCAUCACAGAGGGGAUUGCCGCCUACAACACGCUGCAGUCUCAGGGGGUAAAAAGCCGGUUCUUGAUAUUCAGCGAUGAGUGCCAUUGGGUGCUGAACCCGGAGAACUCAAUCGUCUGGCACAAAACCGUGUUUGACUGGAUGAAAAGAUACGCUGGAGAGACACAGGCGGUAACGAGGGCAUGA